AUGCUCUACAAACAGCCACAGAGACCAGCUCGCACCCUUCGCGGUCGAGUUGAUGAGAACAUGAUUGCCUUCAACCGCGCUGGCAAGACCAUCCAUCACCGCAACAAGUCGUCGCCUGCCUUGUCGGCUCUGGCAAACAGCAACAGCAACAGCAACGCUACCAGCAAGGAACCAGUCAGACGUGCUGCCUUUGGCGAUGUCAGCAACACCGUCAAUUCCCUUCGAUCUGCCAAAGAUGACUCUUCUCUCCCAUCCAAGGACACUAUCAAAAUCACCGAGAAGCCGCUCUGUCUUGCUCGCCCAGCCCAGCGCCCCAUUCACUCCAUUAGUACAAAGCCAGCAGUGAAUGCCAUCAUUAACGCUGAAGUCGGUAUAAAGCCAGGCUCAGAGAAGACGCAGGCGAAAAAGAUUCAGACCAAACGUGCCAAUGCUGUCUUUAAAGACCCAAUUUUGCAGCCGGUCGUCGAGGAACCAACCACCAAGCAGCAAAAACCACAGCAGCAGCAGCAGCAGCAGGAAAAGGCUUCUGCCCCGCAAGCUUCCGUGAGUGAGGCAUCGUCAAAGUCUGCUGAGCCAUCCAAAGAGGUCGAAAAGGACGUCAAGGGCGCGACCAAUCCUCCCAAAUCAGCCACUACAGAACCUGCUCCUGCUCAAGUAACUAAAACGAUGCCUGCAGCUACGGCCGUUGCCGAAGAACCUGCAGUUAAAGAAGCCGUUGUCAAGGCAACCGUCGAACCCGGACCACCAGUGCCAAAUCAUAAUGCAAAGGAUGCCAAUGAGGUGACAAAGCCCAAGGUUACCAGGAUAUCCAGCGAUGGAGCCAGAGGCUCAAUGCAAUCGACCAAACGACCAAGUGAUAUCACCGUCUCGUCGCGUAAAUAUGACCAGUCUGAACCAGAAGAAUACUGGGACGAAGAGGAGGAAGACAACUAUGACGAAGAUGGCUAUGCCACCGCCCGCUCAUAUCGUUCCCGUGAUAAUACCACUGGCGGCGCAACGAUGGUACUAUUCCCCAGGAUGAGCCAGCAGUCCCGUCGGGAACUAGCUCUGGCAAGGCAGAUCAUGGAAACCUCUACCUCCGUCGAAGAGUACGAUGACGAGUGGCGGGAUACUACAAUGGUAGCUGAAUAUGGUGAAGAGAUCUUCCAAUACCUAAGAGAGCUCGAGCUCAAACUCCUCCCAAAUGCCCAUUACAUGGACAACCAAGCAGAGAUUCAGUGGUCAAUGCGCUCUGUGCUGAUGGACUGGCUGGUCCAGGUCCACCACCGCUUCUCGCUUCUUCCAGAGACUCUAUUCCUCUGCGUCAACUACAUAGACCGUUUCUUGUCUUGCAAGAUCGUCUCGCUGGGCAAGCUCCAGCUCGUUGGCGCUACCGCUAUCUUUAUCGCUGCAAAGUACGAAGAGAUCAACUGUCCCUCGGUACAGGAGAUCGUCUACAUGGUUGAUAACGGAUACACCGUUGACGAGAUUCUCAAGGCCGAACGUUUCAUGCUUAGCAUGCUCCAGUUCGAGCUCGGAUGGCCAGGGCCAAUGAGCUUCCUCCGUCGGAUUAGCAAGGCUGAUGAUUAUGACCUGGAAACUCGUACUCUCGCAAAGUACUUUUUGGAACUCACCAUCAUGGACGAGCGGUUCGUCGGCACGCCACCGAGUUUCACUGCUGCCGGCGCCCACUGUCUAGCCAGACUGAUGCUGCGGAAAGGGGACUGGACCCCUGCCCAUGUAUUCUAUUCCGGAUACACAUUCGGCCAGCUCUACCAGCUCAUUGGCCUCAUCCUCGAAUGCUGUGAGGCUCCACAGCAGCACCAUCUAGCCAUAUACGAGAAGUACGCAGACCGCAGGUUCAAGCGUGCCUCAAUCUUCGUCGAGAACGAGAUGCUCAAUGGCUACCGCCUCCCCGAGGUCCACGAAGGUUCCAGCCUUUGGUCCAUGCUAGAUCGCCGGGCCAGCUCCAAGCGGUUGUGA